GAGCGCUCUCCUUCGCCACGGCCAGCUGGGCUGUUCAAGAGAAAAAAAAGAACAGUGAGAAAAAUGAAAGGGUUGAUCCUUUGUGUUUAUUGUUUGGUUUUAGGGUUAAGAACGAAGAGCCAGGAGUGCAAAGUUGGCUCGGAGGAGAAAAUCUGCCAGUGCGGCCUUAGGAGAUUCGAUUUGCAGACUUAUUUUAAGGGGAAUUGGUACGAGGCGUUCCUUUAUUGCAGGUACAACGGUAUGAUCUUGGCGUCGAUAACAUCUCCGUUGGAUGAAACCAGACUCAAGGAUGACCUCGCGUGCUACAAAGAGGAUUUCUGGAUCGGAUGCCAUGGGCACGGUUCCAGAUGGACUUGGUCGGGAAACGGUGCAGCGGUGCGGUACAGCAGGUUGAAAACGGGCCGAGGGGAAUGCUGCCUUUUUAACUCGACGACAUUCUACUGGGAGAUGUCAAACUGCCGUACAAAAGCGUAUUUUGUUUGUAUGAUAUAAAAAAAAACCACUUACAUAUCAGGACCAGCGAGAGGAUGGCGCAACGUACCAUGACUGACUGCGGAUUUCACGCCAAUCCCGCCACCCGAUUUUGUCCCACUAGGAAAACAAUGCCGCGACGAGUUAAAGGAAUAAAAUCAGUUCUGAACGGAUUCGCGUUUUAUUGUCAAAUCACCUUUUGGGUAUUCAUAGCUGGGACGUCCGAGGGACAGGACACGUGCCACGUCGAGGAUGGCCGCUUACCCAGCAGUUUGACCUUAAACGACAUGCGAUACGUGCUAGUCUUGAAAAAAGCCGAUUUCUUUACAGCUAUGGACUACUGCAGGCUCAUUGGCAUGGAUCUCCUCUGGUUCAGGAAGGAAGACGAGAUGAAACAAUUCUUUUCAUCUCUAAACAAAGAUGUCCGAGGUAGCCUGGAGUAUUGGAGUUCGGCGAGCGAUCUUGCCUCGGAAGGAAGGUGGCACUGGUUUGGCUCCGGAGCCCCAGUCCUCCAUUUUCGAAUUUCAGGGACUGGGUGUGCGACGGUGACCGCCAACCGGAGCCUGUCUGCAGAGGACUGCCGAACCGGCCACUACUUCGUCUGCAACGCGUUCCGAUCUUCUGAAGACACCGAGACGACCUGCCUUUGACGAUUAUUUCAAAAUAACUGUAUUUAACAAAAAGAUA